GGCAGAGGGAGCGAGCUUUUACCAACGUACACUUGCGCAGCCUCACAGGCUGGCAUCCGUUACGUGUACAAGUAUAUUGUACGCGAAAAGAUGAACCAUAUCCGUUUCCGACUGGAUGUGACGUCAGCUUGGCACUGUGUAUAAAUAAUUACCUAACGUUUCCUGGGUUGGUUUUCUUUUGGUGAGGACGCAAGAUGCCGUUCGUAGACUUCAACAGCAAUUUACCAGCCAGCGCUUUCUCACAAGACUUUCUCAACAAAUUUACUUCUUUCACUGCCGCCGUUUUGGGGAAGCCUGAUGACAGAAUGAACGUGAUGUUGAAGCCAGGGCUGCCAAUGAUGGUAGCAGGCUCCUGCUCUCCAUGUGUGAUGCUGUCAAUCUCUGCUCUGGGGGUUACUGACACUGCUGACAAGAAUAAGGAGCACAGCGCCAAGAUCUUUGACUUUCUGACUCGGGAGCUUUCCCUGACUGAAGACAGGAUUGUUCUGCAGUUCCACAGUUUGCAGCCUCACCAGGUUGGAAAGAAGGGAACGGUCAUGAGCUUCCUGUGAAGCCCAUCCUGUAAAUAAGUGACAGAAACACAAUAAAGUCUAAAAUGUUAAUGUUUCAUUCAUUUCAUGAAUUAGUCGUGUGUGUACACAAUCACUAUACUAUAUACUACUAUAUCACCGCUCGGUCUGCUGAGUUUUUACUUAUUCAUAGUUCAUUCAUUUUACUUUCACAGAUAUUCACAGCAUGUUACUAGAGCCCCUUUUUUCACCCCUUUGUACGCUGCCGGGAUGCAAGCGACGAGAGGCCAGCACGAAAAGGAACGCGCAUGCGAAUUUAGGAGGCCUGUAGUUUGCAUAGUUCGUUGUUCAAUUAUUUUGGGGGGGAAAUGAUGAGGAAAGACAGAGGGCUAGUGGUUAGCAUGUCGUCCUCACAGGAGAACCUCCGCACUUGCUAUAGGGAACAAUAUACAAUCCAUGUGUAAACAGCCCACAGCGAGUUGCACAUUCCAUUGUAUUGCGUUUCCCUAUUCAUUUAAGUGAACUAGUGAGGCGGAACAAUAUACAAUACAUUAUGUAAACACUGCCAACCCUUUCUGAAUGUCUUCUUCUCAGCCUUCUUCACUCACAGACUGGCUUUAAGAAUAAGGAGGAGGAUAAGGAGAAUGAGAGGAACUGCAUGUAGUGACUGUAAUAGACGUGGGAGUUUUAAUUUAAUUAAUUUAGAGACAAAAAGUGAGUAAAUAAACAUAAAAAGUAAAACAAAUAUGUUCAGAACAACAAAUGAACUUUCUUCUCUUUGUCUUCUUUUUGUUGAUUUUUUUUAUGUCACAAACAAAACUGAGCCGUCCGUGACUGUUUUGAGAAGGAGGGGCCACAGCAGCAUUCACUGCUCAUUGAAAAGAACGGUCCAAAAAAACAAAGUCUCCAAAAUUCUCCAAUAACACCAGGAAAAAGUCCUUAGAUUUGUUGCUAGUAGCUUUUUUUAGGGGUGUGAAUCCAUCCAUCCAUCCAUCUUCUAUGUAGUUUAUCCUAAUUAGGGUCGCGGGGGUAUACUGGAGGCUAACCCAGCCCACUACGAGGCGUGGUACACCCUGGACUCGUCGCCAGCAGGGCACAUACAGACAAACAUUCACACCAUUCACACUUACAUUCAUACCUAUGGACAAUUUAGAGUCGCCAAUUAACCUAACAUGUUUUUGGAAUGUGGGAGGAAACCAGAGUAUCCGGAGAAAAUCGAUCCAGUAGAGGGAGCCAAACGAGUACAGUGAUAUUGGUCCUGCUGAGCCGAAAGAGUGCAGUGAUAUACUGAGUCCAGCAGGGGGAGCCAGCGGGGAGUGCAUUACUACACUUUUAACACUAGCCUACACUGGUCUUAACCUACAUACAUUAUAUCUUUGUAUUUGUGUUGUUUACAUUUGUGUUGCUUUUCAGCAAAGUGGUAAGUUUUUGGCUUAUUUUUCCUUCUUUUUAACUCCAUUUUAAACACUUUCUAAAGUGUAGAAUAAGUAAAUCGGAGUGGCUAACUAGUUAGCUCGGUAGCUUGCUAUGCAUGCAGCGGCCGUCUGUUUUGUCCCCGCAGUGAUAUGGUAGCCUGUGCAAUGUGAUGUAAACAAAGAAUAAUUGGAGCUUAAAAGUGACUAUUGGGGUG